AGCGACGCGGGGGGAUCCGGGAAGCUCGACGCCUCGUCUUAGUCCCAGAGGUUUCCCAAAGCCGGCAGUGAUAUAGACCAUUGAUUGAUCGCGGAGGUCGGUCGCUGAAGGAGCUGGCGGGCGCGAUGCAACUUCUCCGAGGUUUCCUGGUAGCUCUUGCCCUGCAUGUGGUGGGCGCGCAGAAGAAAGAUGUGAUUCUUCAGAACAGCAAAACUGAUGGAGCAGUGGUAUCCUUUUUUGAUGUUUGGAAUCGCAGCUCCUGCCAGCCCUUGGAGAAACUGGUCAGUGUUGUAUCAGAAUACCCACAUGAAGUGGAGCACAUGUUCAAACCUUCCUGUGUUUCUUUGCGUCGCUGCUGUGGAUGUUGUAGAGAUGAAGCACUGCAAUGUGUCCCAGUGGAAACGGCCAAUAUCACUAUGGAGCUCAAGAAGAUCAACCCAGAUAAUCAGUUAUCCUUCGUGGAGUUGUCAUUUACUGAACACAGGAAAUGUGAAUGCAGGCCCCGACAAGAUGCUCUGAAGUCAGGGAGGAGGAGACUCAAGGGACGCAGCAAGAAGAAGCGGGGAAAGCAGAGACCCAAAAAUUGA